CUACAUCAUACUAAAAUACAAAAUACUGGCAAAAAUACAGUCUACAAAAGAUCGUGCUCCCUCAACUUCUGGCAUGGAGAGCUGAGGAAUAUAAUGCUCAAUGCUGACAAAGGGUGAUAAUUUCCUGUUUUUCACAAUUUGUCUCUGUGGUUUUGGACUUAGCAAUGGAUAUUCUUUGUGAUGGAGAGAGCUCUGUGAAUCCAACUGCAAACUCCUUCAUACAAAUAAAUCAUGAGAGAAGAUUCUACAGAAAUGUUUAUGGAGCUGGAGAAAUUAAUAUAUCACAUCUCUGCAACUUGACUGUGAACUCUGACAACCUAACCAACCUUUCAUGUGAAAGUAACGUGAGCCCACCGUGCUGCCCUUCACAGAAAAACUGGCCAGCUUUGCUGACAGUGAUAGUGAUUGUUUUAACCAUUGCUGGAAAUAUUCUUGUCAUCAUGGCUGUUUCACUGGAGAAAAAACUACAGAAUGCCACUAACUAUUUUCUAAUGUCCCUUGCAAUAGCUGAUAUGCUGCUGGGUUUCCUUGUCAUGCCUGUAUCCAUGUUAACCAUACUGUAUGGGUACGAAUGGCCUCUGCCCAGAAAGCUGUGUGCCAUCUGGAUCUACCUGGACGUGCUCUUCUCCACGGCGUCCAUCAUGCACCUCUGCGCCAUCUCGCUGGAUCGCUACAUCGCCAUCCGCAACCCCAUCCACCACAGCCGCUUCAACUCCAGAACCAAGGCUUUUGCCAAGAUCAUUGCUGUUUGGACCAUAUCAGUUGGUAUCUCCAUGCCUGUACCCGUCUUUGGACUACAGGACGACUCCAAAGUAUUUAAGAAAGACAUUUUUAAGAAAGACAUCUGCUUACUCGCAGAUGAAAAUUUUGUUCUAGUGGGCUCUUUUGUGGCAUUCUUCAUCCCUCUAACCAUCAUGGUAGUCACUUACUUUUUAACUAUCAAGUCGCUGCAGAAGGAAGCUAUGCUGUGCGUGAAUGACAUUGGCCCUAAGACCAAGUUUGCUUCAUUCAGCUUCCUCCCUCAGAGUUCCCUGUCCUCAGAGAAACUCUUUCAGCGCUCCUUGAACAGAGAUACGGGGACUCCAGGAAGGAGAACCAUGCAAUCCAUCAGCAAUGAGCAGAAGGCUUCCAAGGUCCUUGGCAUUGUCUUCUUUCUGUUUGUUGUGAUGUGGUGCCCGUUUUUCAUCACCAAUGUGAUGGCCGUUAUUUGCAAGGAGUCAUGCAAAGAAGAGGUCAUUGGAGGACUUCUUAACAUAUUUGUUUGGAUUGGCUACCUUUCUUCAGCUGUCAACCCACUCGUGUAUACGUUGUUCAACAAAACCUACCGCUCAGCUUUCUCUCGCUACAUCCAGUGUCGCUACAAGGAGGAGAAGAAACCUUUCCAGCUGAUUUUAGUGAACACUAUCCCAGCACUUGCAUAUGACUCCAGCCAGCUCCAGCUAGCACAAAUGAAGAGUUUGAAAAAAGAGGCCAAAAUGAUGGCUAAGGAUUACUCGGCGGUCAUGAUAGGAACACAUCGUUUAGAUGGUGCCUCCAAGGGAAGUAUCGGCCCAGGGAAGGAAAAGGUUAGUGGUGUGUGAUGGUCAGCAGCUGCCAUGACAACCACCCUCGGUGCACUGAAAAUUUCACCUGCUGGGAGAAGCUCUGAUAGCUUAGGAAAAUCAGCUGUGCUCAAGAGACCUUCCAACAGCAUCAUAUACUCCUCACAUUAUCCUGUGGAGGAAAAGCAGGGUUGAAAGGGUAUCAAAUGUGCAAUUUUUUUCCAUACAGUACUUUGGCUGUUUUAAGCACAGGCUUUAUUAAACUUAUUUUUUUAAUAUUCUAAAGGAUAUAUUUCUUAAAGAAAAAAAAUGCAAUUUCUGGUAUUAUAAUAUGGGCUGUGAAGAAACCUACGCAUUUCUUUUCUCUUUGCAAAUGAAAGUUAAGCUGUCCUUUGAUGUUCUUGCAGAGUAGGCUCCAGCCAGUUUGUCUUGCUACAAUUGAGUUUUGUUAUCAUUAACUGAAUGAGCA